UCUAAAUCAAUUUCUCAUAAAGCGGAUUCCUAACGAGACAUAGAAAGAGUCGUAAAGAUGUCGAUUCCUUGGGAGAAGAGCGAAACAUGGAAGUGGUUAAUUAGUUAGGACUCAAAACUUCCUCUUGCCCGUUCCUAUUAUUGUAUGCCCCUCCAAGAAUUCCGAGCUGGUUCCGCCACCGUAGACAGGGGUAUUACUGGAGAAUCGGGCAGAGAUAUUAAUAUAUGGAAGGACCCUUGGCUUCCAGAUAGAAAUAGCCCAAGAGUGACUUCUGCUCCUAUCACGGGUUUGGAGCAGGCUUCUGUGGACAGUCUAAGGAGAGAAGACGGGCUCGACUGGGAUUUGGAUUUUCUUGGGGAUCUUUUUAAUCAACGAGAUAUCCGGUUGAUUCAAGGGAUUCCGAUGAGUUACAGGCAAAUUCCGGAUAAAGUGUGCUGGCGCUGGGAGGAUUCUGGUCGGUUCACAGUUCGAAGUUGCUACAGGAAUUUGGCUGGAGAUAUGGUGAAUGGCGGCUGGACAGGUUGGGCCGCCAUGUGGGCAUGGAUGUUGCCUCCAAAAAAAAAUCUGGCAGAUGUGUUGCGGUUUACUCCCGACGACGUCAAAUCUUAAAUGGAUCGGAGAAGGGUGAAUUGCGUUGAGUUUUGUGGUUUAUGUGGAAAUGCGGAUGAAUCUUUGAACCAUCUGUUUAUCUCUUGUCCUGUUGCAAGAGAGGCAUGGCAGGCUAUUGGGUGGAGCUGGGCGCCAGGUUCUGAUUCUGAUUUUUUGAAAAGGAUUGAGGCUGAGUUUCUACUCAAGAAGAAAGAGGAGCUGCAUAAGAUGGUUUGGGGCUGCUGGGGAUUAUGGUGUGAACGGAACUGCAGGAUUUGGAAUGAAAAAAAAAACUGAUGCAAAGGUGAUAUUGGUUCGGCCCCGAAUUUUUGUGGACAACUUGUUGUUGGCGCAGCAAAAUACCAGGAAGCAUCAUGGCCAGACCGAGGUCGGUCCUUCGGUAUGGAGGAAGCCGAAGCGGGUGUUGCUAAACCGUGGAACGGUAAGUUGAUGUCAUGGGAAGCAGAGCUGGUCGCGAUUCGGGAAGCUCUCAGUUGGGUCAAAGAUAACGGCUGGGAUUUUGUUGACAUUGAAUCGGAUGCCUCCAAAGCAAUUACUGAAAUUCUCCAAGGCAAAAGCGAGUCACUUGCUGGUGUUUUAGCCGAGGAAAUAAGAGAUUUGAGGCUAUGUUUUACGGAGACGUCUCUCUCUCAUGUAAGACAAUCAGCGAACAAGACGGCUCACGGGGUUGGCCGAAACGGCUUGUUCUGUGCCUGAUUGUGUCUUAUGGAGUAGUUCUGACCCACCCCCGAGUUUAUUUUACAUGUACUGAACAAUGAUUCCAUUAAUGAUAAUUAAUCCCCUUUCUCUC